UUGUACCGUAGGCUCAAGUCCAAAGCUCAAGACAAAAUGGCGUCCUUCUAAAAGCAAAAGCAGGGAUUUAUUUUCUUUUAUUGGAAACCAAAAAUGCCUAGCUGGUACAGCAGAGCAGCAAAGCGCAUUCCUGAUCCUACAGGACCCUACAACGUAGGCUGUUUCGAUUUUAUGUGCAACUAUGAAAAUCAGUCUCCUGCAACGAAAGGAAGUUUCUUACGAUUAUUCUAUCCUGCAAAAAGUGAAGAAAAUUUGAGUGAGAGCGAAAGACUUCAUCGACAAGCAUACUGGUUUCCGAAAAAUGAAUAUUUCCGAGGCUUGGUAGGCUUUAUGAACCUUCCACGAUGGCUCGGAAGGCUGCUCAGUUGGAGUGUCGGUCAUGUCCGUAUUCCAGCGACCAUGAGUCUUCCCCUAAGCACCUCGCCAGACCUCCCAUCCCGCCUUCCCUGUAUUGUAUUCUCUCAUGGUUUGGGAGGUAAUAGGUUACUUUACAGUACAUACUGCUGUGAACUUGCCUCACAUGGCUGCAUUGUGGCUGCUGUGGAACAUCGUGAUCUUUCCGCCUCAGCUACAUAUGUCCUAAACAAGGAUGAACAUACAUCUGCAGUUAAAGAGGAAUGGCUUGACUUUUACCACAGGGAUCCCAAUGAUAAUGAAUUUCAACUGAGGAACUCCCAAGUAAGGUCAAGCAACGUAGUGAAGAGUGUAAAUCAGCUCUUGACUUUCUUGAGCAUCUUCAGAGUGGCACAACACCUGAAAACCUCAUUGAAGAUUGCUCAUUGGACAUGGGCAUGUUUAAGGGAAGACUUAAUGUUGACCGACCUGCAAUUGCUGGACACUCAUUUGGAGGUGCGACAGUGGUUACAACUCUGGCCAGGGAAAAACGAUUUAGUUCACUCCAUUAAUCUUGUUGCCAGAUGUGGUGUUGCCUUAGAUGUAUGGAUGCUGCCUCUUGAUGAAGACAUCAGAAAGCAGGAUCUAACCCAGCCCCUCUUGUUUAUCAACACCUACCACUUUCAUAACUGGAGGGACAAUGCUGAUGCACUAAGGAAGUUCAUAGAUGUGAAACCAGAUACAAGACCAGUAAUAGCAGUCAGGAGAACAACCCACAUGAGCCAGUGUGACGUGCCGUUCCUACUCGGAUUCUACGUCUCCAAGUUCAAAGAAUGGAAGUCUGACCACCUCGCCCCUGAAAUCGCUGACGGGCUCUUUAAAAAAGCUAUGUGGGCUUUCAUAACAAGACACUUAGCCAUUGGAGAACCAUUGACACACGAACCAAUCAUAGACGGUGGUGAAAACAUACCAGAAAAUGUGAUCAUUGGAUUUGAGAAUGAAAGCGACUCAAAGCUAUGACAGCAUCUGAUAACUUUAUAUUAUAUUUGAACCCUUUGGCACGAAAUGUACAAUGUUUAAAUUUUAAAUAAAAUCUAGGAGUUAUA